CCAACACGAAGGCGCCAAACGGCGUGUCCAGGCAACGAGUGCACGGCAGAGCCCCACCCAGCUCACGUUGUCCAAUGAGGACCCAGGAACCGAGCUUGGGGCGGGGCAUGGUGCGUCUUUGAAACAGGCGCCAGCUGCAGGAAGAUGGCGGCUCGGCCGCGGAGGCAUCGCUCGCGCUUUGCAAAGCAGUCGCGGGGUGACUUUUGUGAAGGCGCUAAGAAGACGAUUGAUGAACCUUCUCUUACGACUUCCAUGGAGUGGGACACGCAGGUGGUGAAAGGGUCUUCGCCACUCGGCCCCGCCGGGCCGGGGCCGGAGGAGCCGUCAUCCGGCCCGCGGCUGCCAUGGUGGCUGCAGCCCGAGAGGUGCGCUGUGUUCCAGUGUGCGCAGUGCCACGCCGUGCUCGCUGACUCUGUGCACCUCGCCUGGGACCUGUCGCGGUCCCUUGGAAACGUGGUCUUCUCCAGAGUCACAAAUAAUGUAGUUUUGGAGGCUCCCUUGCUAGUUGGCAUUGACGGUUCGCUCAAAGGCAGCACUUACAACCUUUUAUUCUGUAGUUCCUGUGAGAUUCCCAUUGGUUUCCAUCUGUAUUCUACUCAUGCUGCCCUGGCUGCCUUGAGAGGUCACUUCUGCCUUUCCACUGACAAAAUGGUGUGCUACCUCUUAAAAACAAAAGCCAUAGUAAACGCAUCUGAGAUGGAUAUUCACAACGUAUCUCUACCAGAAAAGGUUGCAGAGCUGAAAGAGAAGAUAAUGUUAAUACAUACUCGCUUAAAUUCACUCACGAAGAUUCUGAAGGAAGUGACUCCUGAUCAGUCCAAGCCAACAAACUGAUCCAGAAUCAAAGCUUGAGUAUCAUGUUCAGGCCUUAUUGCUGUCUUCAACAACAGGUGCUGUUUGAUCAAUUCUCAAGAAAGAUCAGUUUCAAGGACGGAUGGGAAACAUGGUUUAUUGUUUACAUCUAGACUGAUUUUCCAAGUGAUUGAUUUGUGAAGCUGUUUCUGGAAGAUGAGAAACUAAGGAGACUUCUGUCCAGGUUUCAUAGCUAUUUGUCUUAAGAAUUUAUUUUAACUUCUUAUCAAUUUCAUAAUAUUUAUUUCAGAAAACAUUUUGACUGCAAAUUUAGGGAUUAAGAGGCAAUGUCCCAUGAGUGCUCUGAUCUAAAGAUGCAUGUUUGGCCUGAAAAUAGCAUUGUACUUAUGUUGACUAUUAUUCCUACAUGGAGCAACUGUCAUGAAUACUGAGAAAUCAUUUUUUUCUUAUGUGAAAUACGGGUACAUACAUUUUCUGUAGGUUAUGUUCAGUAAGUUAACUGCAUAAUAUAUAUAUAUCUUUCCUUUUUCUGUUGUAAACUGAGCUUAACAGGAUAAUAAUGAAAGGAAUGAUAAAAACAUCAAACAUUUACCGAAAUGCUGCUUGCUUUUAUUUUGCUUUACGUAGCACUGUGGCUCAGUAGCUCAUCAUAUUAUUCAUUUAAUAAAUAUUUAUAAAGUAUUAUACUAGGGCUUCCCUGGUGGCGCAGUGGUUCAGAGUCCGCCAGCCGAUGCAGGGGACACAGGUUCGUGCCCCGGUCCAGGAAGAUCCCACAUGCCGCAGAGGGGCUGGGCCCAUGAGCCAUGGCCGCUGAGCCUGCGCGUCCGGAGCCUGUGCUCUGCAA